CCGCCAUUUUGUGCAGCGGCGGGUAGAGUGCGGUGCUGGGGGUGUUGAGGGGUUCUCGGGACGUGGCUCUCUUCCCUGGCCGUAACUUCCAGCGAAAAUGUCGGAGUAUAUUCGGGUGACGGAGGACGAGAACGAUGAGCCCAUCGAAAUCCCGUCGGAGGACGACGGCACCGUGCUGCUGUCCACGGUGACGGCGCAGUUCCCCGGGGCGUGCGGGCUGCGCUACAGGAACCCGGUGUCGCAGUGCAUGCGGGGAGUCCGGCUGGUGGAGGGCAUCCUGCACGCCCCCGAGGCCGGCUGGGGCAACCUCGUCUACGUCGUGAAUUAUCCCAAAGAUAAUAAGAGAAAAAUGGAUGAAACCGAUGCAUCAUCAGCAGUGAAAGUGAAACGAGCAGUACAGAAGACUUCAGAUUUAAUAGUGUUGGGUCUUCCCUGGAAAACCACUGAACAAGACUUAAAGGAAUAUUUCAGUACCUUUGGAGAAGUUCUGAUGGUGCAGGUUAAGAAAGAUAUUAAAACAGGCCACUCAAAAGGUUUUGGGUUUGUUCGGUUCACGGAUUACGAAACCCAAGUGAAAGUAAUGUCUCAGCGGCACAUGAUCGAUGGAAGAUGGUGUGACUGUAAACUUCCCAACUCUAAGCAAAGUCCUGAUGAGCCUUUGCGCAGCAGGAAGGUGUUUGUUGGACGCUGCACUGAGGACAUGACAGCAGAUGAGCUCCGACAGUUCUUUGCCCAGUAUGGGGAAGUGGUAGAUGUCUUCAUUCCUAAACCCUUCCGAGCUUUUGCUUUUGUUACAUUUGCAGAUGAUCAGGUUGCCCAGUCUCUUUGUGGAGAGGACUUGAUCAUUAAAGGAACCAGCGUACAUAUAUCCAAUGCUGAACCUAAGCACAAUAGCAGUAGACAGUUAGAGAGAGGUGGAAGAUUUGGUGGUAACCCAGGAGGCUUUGGGAAUCAGGGGGGGUUUGGUAACAACAGAGGAGGUGGGGGAGGACUGGGCAACAACCAGGGCAGCAACAUGGGUGGGGGUAUGAACUUUGGGGCCUUUAGCAUCAACCCUGCCAUGAUGGCAGCGGCACAGGCAGCCCUGCAGAGCAGCUGGGGGAUGAUGGGCAUGCUGGCCAGCCAGCAGAACCAGUCAGGGCCCUCGGGAAACAACCAGCCUCAGGGCAACAUGCAGCGGGAGCAGAACCAGGGUUUUAGUUCAGGCAACAGCUCGUAUGGAGGGUCUGGCUCAGGCUCAGCGAUAGGCUGGGGCUCAGCCUCGAAUGCAAGCUCCAGUAGUGGGUUUAACGGAGGCUUUGGUUCAAGCAUGGAUUCCAAGUCUUCAGGCUGGGGAAUGUAGAUGCAGUGGGCUCUGAUACUGACUAUGGUGGGAAAUGAAUGACUUUUCUAA